ACAAAACAUUCAAACGUGUGCAAACAGAGAAGAAACCAAAAAAAAAUCCGACUUGGUCAAGUUCGCAGGGAGAGCCGAAGAAGUAGAAACAUACGAAUGGUAGCUUGCAGGUCUCUCUUCAGAGUUGUCCGUUUGUUAAAGUUAACAAACACUUAUGUCAAAUUGAAGCCUUUCAAUUACUUUCAGGGGUACUAUUCUUAUCAUAGUUUGAGCCUUGAUUUGAGGAUAGGUGUGGCAAAAAAAAAGCUGGGUACCAUGGACAAGAAGAAAAGAAAGAUUGGCACUCCUGUAUGGAAGCCAGUAUGUACUCAACCUAGUUCCCUCGAAGAGCAUGCCAUAAAGGAUGUGAUGGUUGAGUCUGAAAAUGGAAGUGAAAUGCAAGAAGUGAAUGAAGUUACAAAUGCAACUGUUAGUCCUAAGGCUUUGGAGGAUGAUAUCGAAGAUGGAGCGUUAAAAGAAGAGCCAGUGCUUUCAGAUGAAAAGCACUCACUGUCUGUUGAGAUUGGUGCAUCUUUAAUUCAAUUUGUCAGAGGAAAAGAAGGAUCUACAAAGGAAAAGAUUGAAAAGGAGAUGGGAGUUCAGAUUAUACUUCCAUCAUCAAAGCAGGAGGAUUCUAUUAUGAUUGAAGGCACUUCAGCUGAUAGUGUAACUAAAGCUUCAAAAGAGAUACAACAUAUAAUCGAUGAGGCCGUUAAGACCCCAAGUCUUGACUACUCGCACUUUGUCUCUCUUCCUUUGGCUAUACAUCCUGAGCUGGUUGACAAGCUUGUCGACUUUCAGAACUCCAUAUUGGGAAUUAGUGAUGCCUGUGUAGAUGACAAUCAGGAAGACAACUCAGAUGGAGAUACUUCUGGAGAUGAAGCUCAGGAGCAGCAGUUAGGUAAAGGACCUGACAUGGCAGUUGAAGUUAAAGUUUCUGAUGACAAGAAAAGUGUUAAGGUGGAUGUAAGCGGCAUUCCUCUUGUUAGUUAUGUACCUAAAGAAUCAAAGUCUUCUAAUUUAUCAGACUUGGGAAUUGAAAAGUCCAUAUUUAUUAAACCUAAAACAUUUCACUUGACGGUGCUCAUGUUGAAGUUGUGGAACAAAGAAAGAGUUAAUUUAGCAGCUGAGGUAUUGAAGAGUAUCUCCUCAAAAGUGAUGGAUGCUUUGGAUAAUCGACCUAUAUUUGUAAGACUCAAGGGUCUGAAUUGCAUGAGAGGUUCUUUGGCCAGAGCCCGAGUUGUUUAUGCUCCUGUGGAAGAAAUUGGCAGUGAAAAUCGACUUUUAUGUGCCUGUGAAGUUAUUAUCAAUGCUUUUGUUGAGGCUGGGCUUGUUCUAGAGAAAGAUGCUAGGCAUGAGUUAAAGUUGCAUGCCACUGUGAUGAAUGCAAGGCAUAGAAAAAGGAAGGGAAAGAGGGGAAAGUUUGAUUCCUUCGACGCACGAGGCAUCUUCAAGCAGUUUGGAUCUGAGGAAUGGGGCGAGUAUCUCAUCCGUGAAGCUCAUCUUUCACAAAGAUUCAAGUUUGAUGAGAAUGGUUAUUACCAUUGUUGUGCUUCAAUACCUUUUCCUGAAAACAUGCAAGUUGACUGAGUCCCCCAACAAAAAUAAAUAAAUAAAAAGAAUAAAGUAUUAGAGAGAUGGUUUUUUUGGUGUUGAAUUCAUGUUUACAUGUAUGAAACAAACUCCUUCCAACAGAAAAAUACGGCGAGAGAGUCCUGUUUGAUUGAUGGCAAAGUUGGAAUAGAGAAUGGCUAAACUUCAUGUUUCA